AUGGUGUACAUUCGACAGCGCAACCUGCCAAAGCUGCGCGAGUACAAAUAUGCCGGCGUUGAUAAAUCUCUGGUGUCGAAAUAUAUCCUGAAACCAUUCUACACUCAUGUCGCCAUCAAGUGUUUUCCGAUGUCUAUGGCUCCGAAUCUUAUCACCCUUACCGGCUUCAGCUUCGUGGUUAUCAAUGUCCUAACGAUGCUUUGGUACAACCCAACCCUCGACAUGGACUGCCCUCCUUGGGUUUACUUGACAUGGGCUAUUGGGCUCUUUCUUUACCAGACUUUCGAUGCUGUCGAUGGUUCCCAGGCCCGAAGGACGCACCAGAGCGGACCUCUAGGAGAGCUCUUUGAUCAUGGAGUCGACGCCUGCAACACUGGCCUCGAAGUUCUUCUCUUCGCAGCUGCGAUGAACCUCGGCCAGUCAUGGAAGACUGUUCUCACACUCUUUGGAACCGUCUUUACGUUCUACAUCCAGACCUGGGAUGAAUACCACACCCAUACAUUGACCCUGGGAAUCGUCUCGGGCCCUGUUGAAGGUGUACUUACCUUGAUUGUGGUGUACUUCCUCACUUUCCUCAAGGGCGGUGCAAGCUAUUGGCAACAGCCAAUGCUCCCGAGCCUUGGGUUUCCGAAAAAUGAUCUUCUUCCAGAAAGCAUGUACCAGCUGGCUUGGAACGAGUGGUACAUGUGGUAUGGUGCUGUGGUUCUUGUCUUCAACACGGUCAGCAGCGCGAUGGCCGUCAUCAAGGUACGACGAGAAAGGGGCCAGGAUCCCUACAAGCCAUUAUUGGGGCUGCUUCCCAUUCUGGUCACAUGGGCUUUGAUAACGGCCUAUCUUUGGCUCAACCCGGUCAUCCUACAUCAUCACCUCGUGCCAUUCACUCUCUUUGCCAGCAUGGUCAAUGCCUACUCCGUCGGGCAGAUGAUCGUUGCACACUUGGUCAAGGACAAAUUUCCCUACCAAAAUGUUCUGGUCAUCCCACUUGCCUGGGCCGUUGUUGACAGUCUGGGUCCAAGAUUGGGUCUCUGGCCAAGUGCACUGGGCAGCGAUAUCUACCAAGUGGCAUUUAUCUUCCUCGCUCUCGGUCUAGCGCUUGGUGUCUAUGGAAGCUUUGUCCACGACGUCAUCACUACCAUUUGUGACUACCUGGACAUUUGGUGUCUGACUAUUAAACACCCCUACGUUGAAGGCAAAACGGAUACCAUCACUUCUCCGCAGACCGGCGGGGAACAAAACGGAGAUCUCAAGAAGAAAGCGUGA